GUGAGUCUAUCACGGGCCGGAUUGCAUUAUCCGCUCGCCGCGCCAGCUUUGCCCUGCUCCACCCGCCAUUCUUUUCUCCGCUCUCCGGCCGCCUCGAUCUCCUCCCCUUGCUCCCUCUGUCUUGUCCUCGUCGCCUCUCGGCUUGCCCUCCGCCCUCCGGUGCCUCUGUGCCCUGCCGACUGCAAGUUCAGGUGCCGCAGCCAUCUCACUCUCUCUGUCUGUCUCUCUCUCUACCUGCAUCAACCAUCAGGUGGUUCCAUUUCAUCUCAUCUCAUAAGUCAUAUCCAAAGCCCAAAGGAAAUCACCACUUGUCCAUCUUAACACCUGCUGGUGAUUAUUACUAAUUGUCUAAUUGGAUUGUUUGUUUCCUGCCUCUGAUUGUCCUUGUAAUUUCCUUCCUUUCAUGUGCCUUACCUACUGCCCCCUCCUAUGCUGCUACUCACCCUACUACUACUCCUGGCAAUAAAGUAUUCCACCAGAAGUGGUUCCGUUCCAUUCCAUUGGCCUGCUCUGGAUAAUGCAAUAGUGAAAGCUACUAGUAGCUAGUAGCUAGCUGCUCUGCUACUGUGCUGUCGCCUGUCGGGUUGCUAAAUCCAAUUCACAAAAGUUUCCCUGGUGUUCGUUCUCGCUUCGCAGACCAAAACACCCUGCUAGAGUUUUGCUGCUUUUGUGUUCCUCACCGCACAGAUUGCCCCAGGUUGAUUUCAUUCAUUCAGCUCCGUUCACUUGAAGCUCUGUUUUCUUUCUUUCAUUCGUUGUUGAUUCUUGCCGGCAGCGGCGAUUCAGCGCAUGGUUGUUCGCCCGCACCUGCGCGGCCGUUGAUCGCGACAGCCUCGUCGCAGCGGUCGGAGGAGCAGCGCCGGCGGCGUCCAUGGCGGCGGGGUCGUCGAGGCAAGCGGCGGAGAAGGUGGACAAGUGGAUGGCGUUCCCGUCGGGCGCCGACGGCGGCAGCUUCACCUUCCCGCCGCCGCGUUCCGGGUCGGGCGGCGGCAAGGAGAUCGUGGAGGAGCCAGCGUCGUCCUCUCCGGGCGCCGCCGCCGCCGGAGGCGGCAGCUACCGGCAGCCGUCGUUCCAGCGCGGGCGCGACAGCGGCGGCGCGGGCAGCACCAAGUCGUCGCUGGACGGCGCGCGCGGCUCGGGGGAGUCGUCGCUGCCGCGGGUGUCGCAGGAGCUCAAGGACGCGCUGUCCAACCUGCAGCAGACCUUCGUCGUCUCCGACGCGACGCGCCCGGACUGCCCAAUCAUCUACGCCAGCGCCGGCUUCUACACCAUGACCGGCUACUCCCCCAAGGAGGUCAUCGGCCGCAACUGCCGCUUCCUGCAGGGCCCCGACACGGACGCCAACGAGGUGGCCAAGAUCCGGGACGCCGUCAAGGCCGGCCGCAGCUUCUGCGGCCGCCUGCUCAACUACCGCAAGGACGGCGCGCCCUUCUGGAACCUGCUCACCGUCACCCCAAUCCGCGACGACAACGGCAAGGUCAUCAAGUUCAUCGGGAUGCAAGUGGAGGUGAGCAAGUACACGGAGGGGCUCACCGACAAGCGCAUGCGGCCCAACGAGCUGCCGGUCUCGCUCAUCCGCUACGACGACCGGCAGAAGGAGACGGCGAUGUCGUCGAUAACGGAGGUGGUGCAGACGGUGAAGGACCCGCGCGCCCGCUCCCAGGGCGAGGAGGAGGAGCCCAUGGAGCCGCCGCCGCCGGUCACGCCGGCGCGGGCCGGCGCCGCGGCCACGGCGUCACCGAUGGUCGGCCCCGGCACGGCGUCCGGCGCCGCCGGCCACAAGUUGCCGCUCUGGGACCUCAAGAAGGAGGACUCGUUGAGCAGGAAGCUGAGCGGCCGCGGCUCAUUCAUGGGGUUCAAGAUGGGGAAGAGGAGCUCGGUGGGAAGCAAGGAGCAGGCGCUGCCGGCGACGGAGGUGAAGGCGCCCGCGCCACCAGAGGCGGCGACGGAGAAGGAGCGCAAGAACAGCUGGGAGAAAGAGGGGAGGGAGAGGGACAUCAGGCAGGGGAUCGACCUGGCCACCACGCUGGAGCGCAUCGAGAAGAACUUCGUCAUCACCGACCCCAGGAUCCCGGACAACCCCAUCAUCUUCGCGUCGGAUAGCUUCCUGGAGCUGACGGAGUACACGCGGGAGGAGAUCCUCGGAAGGAACUGCAGAUUUCUUCAAGGGCCGGAGACAGACAUGUCCACUGUCGAUAAGAUCCGCGAGGCCAUCCGGGAGCAGAAGGAGAUCACUGUCCAGCUCAUAAACUACACCAAGAGCGGGAAGAAGUUUUGGAACUUGUUUCACCUGCAGCCGAUGUGGGACCAGAAGGGGGAGCUCCAAUACUUCAUCGGUGUUCAACUAGAUGGAAGUGACCAUCUCGAACCCCUUACGAAUCGUCUCUCUGAGAACACCGAGCUACAAAGUGCUAAAUUGGUCAAAGCUACAGCGGAGAAUGUGGAUGAAGCAGUCAGAGAGCUUCCUGAUCCCAACUUGAGACCAGAGGACCUGUGGGCAAUUCACUCUCAACCUGUUUCUCCAAAACCUCACAAACGACUUAAUUCUUCUUGGAUAGCGAUAGAAAAGAUUACAAAAUCUGGGGAGAAGAUAGGCUUGAAGCACUUCAAGCCUAUAAAACCUUUGGGUUGUGGUGACACUGGAAGUGUACACCUGGUGGAGUUGCAAGGCAGUGGGGAAUUAUUUGCAAUGAAGGCAAUGGACAAAUCAGUGAUGCUGAACCGCAACAAGGUUCAUCGGGCUUGUAUCGAAAGAGAAAUAUACUCACUGUUGGAUCAUCCGUUUCUACCAACACUAUAUACUUCGUUCCAGACACCAACACAUGUUUGUCUGAUAACAGACUUUUGUCCUGGAGGAGAAUUAUUUGCACUACUUGAUACGCAACCCAUGCAACUUUUCAGAGAAGAAUCUGCAAGGUAGCUGUUAUUUUACGCUGCGGAGGUUGUAAUUGGUCUCGAGUAUCUCCAUUGCCUUGGAAUUAUAUACCGUGAUCUAAAACCAGAAAAUAUUUUGCUCCAAGAGGAUGGACACAUUGUUCUGACUGAUUUUGACCUCUCAUUUUUGACUUCUUCAAAACCCCAUGUGAUAAAGCAUUCGACUUCAAGACAGAGAAGAUCUAAAGAAUUUCUCCCCCCAAGUUUUGUUUCAGACCCUGCCACUCCAUCGAAUUCUUUCGUUGGAACUGAAGAGUACAUAGCACCAGAGGUCAUCACGGGUGCACCACACACAAGUGCCAUUGAUUGGUGGACUCUUGGGAUUCUCUUGUAUGAGAUGUUGUAUGGGCGGACACCUUUUCGAGGAAAGAAUAGGAAAAAGACAUUUUAUAACAUCCUGCACAAAGACCUUACGUUUCCUAGUAGCAUUCCGGUUAGUCUUGCGGCAAAGCAAUUAAUCCAUGGAUUACUUCAGAGACAUCCCUCUUCUCGACUUGGCUCAAGUGCUGGUGCAAAUGAUAUCAAGCAACAUCCCUUUUUUGAAGAUAUAUACUGGCCGCUCAUUCGUUGCAUGGAGCCCCCAGAGCUUGAUGUUCCGCUGAAAUUAACUCUGUAGGAGCCUGAACUUAAAGUGAAACCCGAGGAAGAUUCUCUCACUCUGCCUUAUUGAGACAUUUUAAGGCAGGCUGUACAAACCGCUCGUGGAAGGAACAUUCUUGAGCAUGUAUAGUAAUAAGAGGCUUCAUGAGCUGAUAUAAGGAAUUAUAUAUCAUCUUUUGAGUUGCAUUAGAGAUCUUGUACAGUGAUUCUUUUGGUUAGAUUAAGUGCAUAAUAUAUCACAUAAAUAGUAUCACGGUCCUUGUAAAAGUUGCCACCAUUUCUACAGAUGGUUCAGUAAGAUGUAGCAUGUAGUAUUGAUGUUAUACAUUAGUACCACCAUUUGAGAUGGAAUUUUCAUUUACAAAGCCAAGGUUCCGUGCGGAUCUAAAUCA